AUGGUUUCGGGAUAUCAUGAUCGCGACGUGCGAUUGCUUGGGAAAGAGCUACAGGUGAAUCCUGCACCAGAAGAUGAUACAGCGAAUCGAGUACGUGCUACUUGGACAAAACUUGAUAGUACAGCUCAACGCAUAAUCGCCACAUCGACCAGGCAUAUGUCGUUGUUGUCACAGGAUAUUGGAUCAAGGAAUGCCGAAACCGAAAAGCGGCAAUAUCAAACGAAAGAUAUACUGGAAGAAAAGGAGAGGCAACUCAUUGGAACUAUGUCUGUAGACUAUAAUUUAGAAGCAUCCAGUGAUGCAUGGCAUUUGGAUUCGGGUGCGACUGAGCAUAUGUCGAAUCGUCGAGAAUGGUUCUCAUCAUAUAGAAAAUUCGAUACAGUAGAGAAUAUUAAAAUAGGUGAUGGAAAAUAUAUUCAAGUAAUUGGAUCAGGAGAUAUCGAUAUUUUUGCUUUUAAUGGAAAAAAAUGGGAAAAAUUACCAUUCCGAAAAGCAAUACAAAAUCUGAACGUAUCAGAGAACUCAUCCAUCUCAGAUCUCUCAGUCCAAUGCAAGAAAAUUCAUUUGGAGGUGCUAGAUAUUUCUUAA